AAGCCCGGCCCAUCAGACCGAACUAGGUUUAGCCCUCCCCUAUAUAAUAUCGCCUCGUCCUCUCGGCCGCCACUCUCCACCGAUCCCCUCACCCCCACCGGCGGCGCACAGCCCGACGACCCGAGCGAUCCUGCGGAGGCGGCAGCCAUGGUGCACGUCAACUUCUACCGCAACUAUGGAAAGACCUUCAAGAAGCCAAGGCGUCCGUAUGAGAAGGAGCGUCUUGACGCUGAGCUGAAGCUGGUUGGGGAGUACGGUCUGCGGGCCAAGCGUGAGCUCUAUCGUGUGCAGUAUGCCCUCAGCCGCAUCCGAAAUGCUGCCAGGGAGCUGCUCACUCUGGAUGAGAAGAACCCCCGCCGUAUCUUUGAGGGUGCGGCUCUCCUCCGCCGCAUGAACCGCUACGGUCUUCUCACUGAGGAACAGAACAAGCUUGAUUACGUGCUUGCCCUCACUGUUGACAACUUCCUCCAGCGCCGUCUCCAGACCAUCGUCUUCAAGAAUGGCAUGGCCAAGUCAAUCCAUCAUGCGCGUGUCCUUAUCAGACAGCGCCACAUCAGGGUUGGAAAGCAGCUCGUCAACAUUCCUUCUUUCAUGGUGAGGGUGGACACUGAGAAACACGUCGACUUCUCGCUCACCAGCCCCCUUGGUGGUGGCCAACCUGGAAGAGUGAAGCGGAAGAACCAGAAGAAGGCCUCAGGUGGUGGUGGUGAUGACGGCGAGGAGGAGGAAGACUAAGCGCUCAGCCUCGACCCGCAUAACUUCCGUUGCAGAAAUGUUGAGAUUGCCUUGUGGAUCUUGCAACGGGAAAUGAUUCAAACUUUGGUUCGUUCUUAGAAACUUAGUGGUGUAGAGCUUUCGUUGCUUCAGAAUCAUUUGGCUAUCGAUUCUAAAAUUAAACUUAUGUUUGUUGGUUUUGCUUGGUUAGUGACUACCGAGCAGAAGAAGUGAACUCAGUGAUGCUGCUUCGUUUUUUGUGAACCAAACGUAUCUUGUUAUUGAUUUUACAGGCCUGGUUCUGAGUUAGUUUA